GGUCAGAGCGAGUCGAUUGGCUGUCUGGUUUGUAGCAGGAGUUGAGUUGACAUUAUACAGCGUGGUGCUGCAAACAUGUUAAGGUUGACCAAGGAAGGUCAGCAUACCUGCAAGUGUUUACUGAAUGCUUUUACAAAAACAUCGCCCCAUGGCACCAGAUACCGGCAAAAAGAGAGUCGGUGUUUUGGCCUACCCUACGUGGCUCGCCACUCAUCAAAUACACAUUUCCCCCAAAAUCAAAGUAGGGUUAAUAAUCUUCCAUUGUCGAUGACCACAGGGACGCUGUACCCCACGUGGUUACAGGAGGGACAAGUGGGAUAUGCUCAAAAGAGAUGCUUUAAUGUCACACCUACACAUGCAGGGGAGAGCGCACUGCAGUCAGGAGAGUUUACUGAAGCUGUGUAUGAUAAAUUAGCGGAUGAAACGUUGGAUGCUUUGGCAGAAUACUUUGAAGAUCUUGCAGAUGAAGACUUCACUGGAACUGACUAUGACGUUGUCUUUGCUAGUGGUGUGCUGACUAUCAAAAUUGGGGGUGACCACGGCACAUAUGUCAUCAACAAACAAACUCCUAAUCGACAGAUUUGGCUUUCGUCACCUACAAGUGGGCCUAAACGUUAUGACUGGACUGGUGAGCGUUGGGUCUACUCGCAUGAUGGAAUGGCACUACAUGAGCUUCUCUCAAAGGAGUUCUCCAUUAUCUUGAAGUCUAAAAUGGACCUGUCACACUUGACCCAUUCCUGACCAGAGUGAGUGUAGCCCACAUGCUAAUACUUUAGCCACAGAAAUAACAGAAUACAAACUGGGUAUUUUUUCGUCACAGGAAACAAGCGUCAUGUCGUAUAUCUAGAGCUCCACACUCUUAGAGUGAAGUCCAUAUAAAGUUAAACAUUCUCUCAGAAUGAAUGCCUUGUUAAAAAGAUAUAUUUUAAAAACUGCCCUGACUUGAAGUACAUGCCAGAUGUGUCAAAUGAAUGUCAUACGCAGUUGAAGCUGGAUGUCCAAUUCUAAUGUACAGUUUUUCCCAUCAUCCUGCUGCAGAUAUUAUUCUGUUGACAGUGUACUUGUUAUGUGCAUAUGUAACAGGUUAGACUUUAAAACGACAUGUUAUAUGUAGUAUGAACUUUCACUGUUCAUAAGAAUAUAUAUAUAUAUAUAGAAAAUAUUUCCACUUUGCACCUUACAGGCCCACAGUGACACACACACACACAAUAAAACUGGGCUUUUAAUUGAAUGGACAUCAUGUGUUUUCCAGUUGGAGUGUUGCCAAGAAAUACAUUUGAUAUUUGUUUGAAAAUGCUGCCAGCAUCUGCAGUCCAGAAAACGGUAGUUCUUGAUGAAUGGCUAUAAAAUAGUCACUGCAAGCUUCUAAGUCCGUUCCAAGAUUUUCAUUUAUUUUUAAUUUUCAUUUCCCCCUCUCAAAAUCAUUUCACAACCUUUUGGGACCGGGAUUGAUUACAAGAGGAGAUGGUUAAGAAUAAAACUAUUCUAUAUGAAGAUGGCAGAGAAGGACAUUUUUUACUUCCGUUGGUUUUAACCUGCAAAUAAAUAAACACCUUUGUCACUGCGAUUGAUGCGAUUGUGGGGUAUUCGAUGAGUUAAGUUAGUGUGUCGACAGUAAGACACUGAGACAUUCUUCCUUAUCUUCAGCUAUUUACCCAAAUGUAAUCUGUAACACCAUUAACCAAUGUAGUCAGUAUACCAUACUUUCUUCUCAGGAUAUGAAGAGUUAUUUUCUACCUUUGGUUGUAUGCAUUGUUGCAGAUCCUAUGGAUGUGAAUAAAAUAUUAUAUGUG